AUGGGGAAAACGACGAUCUUCUUCGUGCUGGUGGCAGCCAGUUUACUGGCUUCAGGAACAUCUCAUGCGAGGACAGAAGAUAAUCCGGACGAACUGGAUUUCGAAGAAGAUGAUAGCUCGCAUGAACAAAUAUCAGCGUCGUUGAAAAUCGAAGAAGAUGCCGCAAAGAACAAGACGGACGAUACUCAAGAAGUAACAUCCAUUAUAAGGACAAAAGAGAAACGUAAUCAGAUCAGCGAGGUUGUUCCAGUAAUACGGAACACGUCACGGCCUCAAAGACGUUUAAUGGGCAGUUUGAUAUCUUCGAGAAUAUCCAACAAUGUGACAAUCACUCCAUUACUUGAAGAUGUCGAGCCAUUGUUGGGGUCUAACAAUAGCAGGGAAAAUGCAACUAGAGAACUCAUGCUGCCCAUCGACGCCGAUAUUGCCAAAAUCAUUACAGAUGACACACCUGAAGAGCUGCCAGAAGCUCAAGAACUGAGAAGGCCUGGGAAGAGAAGACGAAUUUAUUACCGACCUCCACCUAGAAGAGCAUCAUCGAAUAGAAGAAACGUUUACGGAGAAACGUCACGACCAUCCGGAAAUAGGCCAAUCAGGAGACCAGCUGAUCCUAAACGAACUCCAACUGAAAAGGAAUGCACUUUCUUUUCGAAAACUGUUUGCUUGGAGGCUGUGGACUAUCCUCAUGAAUUCAUCCUGAGGAGCAUUCGGAGCAACAAGGAGAUGGUUGCUGCACUUUUGGCGGAUUACAAGGUGCAAGACUCCGGAAUACUUGAUGACGAAUUACCGCCCGCUUUGCAGCAAGAAAGCAGAUAUGAAAACCGAUAUGAGAGCAACGAAAUUAAACGGAAAUACGAUCUUUCGACGCUCGAAAACGUCGAGGAAGGUUUCACCUGUCCGUCCCAGGUGAAGUAUGCCCGUCCCCAAUUAGCCAGAGCUGCAUCAGGUGUGUGGAAAUACAUCAUUAACACCGGCGAACAUACGCAGACAUUGCGACUGGAGAAAUGCUCAAAUCCGCACACGAGCUGUUCCUUCAUCUCCGAGAAUUACCGUUCAUCGUGUGUCCAGGUGUACAACUACCAUCGACUUCUCACCUGGGAUUCCAAGCUAGGUUUGCACAUGGACAUAUUCAAGGUGCCAACCUGUUGCAGUUGUCACGUCCACGGAUACACCGAAAUCUAUCCACCGCAUCAAAAGGAUCCGCCACCCAAGCCAAAGGAAUCCUUCCCUGGGGUUGAUUUCGCAACAGAAGAUAACAACGAAGAUCUUGGGCCGUAUGGCAAACCUACAAACUACGUUAACAAAUACACGCAUCACAUCAACUACGAUUCAUCGUUUGGUGCUGGUCAUGGUCACCACGACAGCUCCCCGACUUCGUACUUAAAUGAUCUUAGCGAAGCGUCCAAUGUCCAUACAACAAAGAACAAAAAGCCAGUGUUGGAUGCCACAGUUAAUCGGCCGACUUACUCCACGUCUGGAAGAGUCAGGCCCAAAAAACCAGCGCCAGUUCCCCGACCAUAUGAUAAGCUACCUCAACAACAUGCACCAAACACCAGAGCACCAGGGUACACGGGAGGACCAUUGUUGAAGGCUCCUAGGCCAAAUAGACCCAAUAGGCCUUACAGAAGGGAGUCCACUUCCCAUGUUGAGUAUCAUGGGACCUCCCGGAAUUCAACCUUGACUGAUCGUUUCAGUACGCAAUUUGACCAAGGAUUGGACGGAACGACAAGGUUGCAGAGCGGUAAUUUCGACGAAGAGUACCAAGAACCGCCUAGACGAGUAAAUUACAACUAUCACCCGAUAAUAGACUUCUUCAAACCGGAAGCGGCCAUGCUACAGUCUACGCAACCCGAAGCGGCCCAAACUUCUUCGGAGGAAAGCAAUUCUUGGAAACCAAUGGUUUCAUCCUAGACAUUUGCCAUGUCUUUUUGUAGUACCUGAAACCGUCGCAAAUUACGAUUUAUUGUAGUCAUAUUGUACCUUUUUGGAAACAGCCAAAAUGGCGGAGCAUUCAUCAAUCGAGAGGAAGAUUCUCGCAUCAUAAACGUCUCGAAGCUUAACAAACCAUUUUCCCAAAAAGGCUCUGUUUACGCGAAGGUAUAAACAACAUUUUACAAUGCAUCUUAGGUAGAUACACAAAAUAUAAAUCACGCAAUACUUAAUUAUGACUUUUAUGAAAUUAUCGUAUUUAUGUGGCCAUGCCAGCGAUACAUAGGGUUACAUGACAAAUAUUAUUUCUAUUCAACAUUGGUUCUUUUUUAGACUUGGAAGAAUAUCCUCGAGACUGUUAAAAACGUUCAUAAUACAUAAGUUUGCUAAGUAGAGUUAAUAGAAUAUAUAAUAAUUAUUUCUGUAUUAAGUUUAAACUUACAAAGUGGUGCUCAUAGCGAUCAAUG